AUGUUGGCUUUAUAUUUCAUUCUACUCGUAUGCGUUCCCUUAGCCAUCGUCAUGACUUUUACGGCUCCACGACUAGCCAUCACCGUUGCCGUUACUCAACCGGCCUUCUUAGUAAUACAAAAUUCCAAUAAGACCCUUACACCUCGCCAAGUAAUUACUUCUCCUCCACCACUAGAUCACGAUGAGUUGCUUCUUCGCCAAGCUUCUAAAGUCGGCCCAAACCCACCACCUAAAUCACCUAAAAAACUCGCUUUCAUGUUCUUGACAACAACAUCUCUUCCACUUGCACCGAUUUGGGAGCUUUUCUUCAACCAAACUUCUGAUCACAAGCUUCUCUACAAUGUGUACAUCCAUGUAGACCCAACUCAAAAACACGAACCGGGUCUCUUCGGCAUGUUUCAUAACCGGAUCAUACCGUCCUCAAAACCGGCUUACCGACACACCCCAACACUCAUCUCAGCCGCGCGUCGUUUACUCGCUCACGCACUUCUCGACGACCCAUCAAAUUACAUGUUUAUACUUCUCUCCCCUUCUUGCAUUCCGCUUCACUCCUUUAACUUCACCUACAAGUCACUCGUCUCUUCCACGAAGAGCUUCGUAGAAAUUCUCAAAGACGAGCCAGGGUGGUACGACAGAUGGGCGGCGCGUGGACGCUACACGAUGCUCCCCGAGGUACGACCCGAGGAUUUUCGAAUAGGCUCACAGUUCUGGACAUUUACACGAGCCCAUGCGCGUAUGGUAGUAAGUGACGUGAAGAUAUGGUCCAAGUUCAACAAACCUUGCGUAAGAAAAGACACGUGUUACCCCGAGGAGCAUUACUUCCCUACUCUCCUCCACAUGCGAGACCCACAAGGGUGCGUAUAUGCAACGCUCACUCACGUUGAUUGGAGGAGCGUGAACGAUUGUCAUCCUUGGACAUAUAAACCAUUGGAGGUUGGUGUUGGGCUUAUACAAAAGCUCAGAAGUGCUCGGCCUAGGUACGGGAACGGCGGUGGAACGAGGAAGGACCCGUUUUUGUUCGCCCGGAAAUUCUCUCCGGCCGGGAUCAGUCCGUUGAUGAACAUAGCUCGAAAUGUUAUCUUGAAUGAUUCGACUCUCGUGUAA